AUGCAUUACAGCAUACUGGCAGUACUGAUACUGACCGCAGACUCUGUUGACAUCAGCAAGCUCCCAACUUACCCACCCAGACUACCAUUUGAUGAUCAUGUUAGAAGAGCUUACGUAUCGAUGAUUACACUGCCAUACAAUCCAUCCAUGACAGAAUCACAGAAAAUGCAGGAAUGUCAUAAAUUGGACAACGUGGAUGCCGAGCAUAGAGCUUCGGACAUAUCGGAGGAGCAACUUUGUGAGCAUAUCAUAAAAUUCAAUGACUGGUUGAAUAAAGAGAUACAAGGCGCCAGUGAAAAGGUACGAGAUGUUUACGAUAAGACGUAUGUAUGGACAAUUUACAAGGAGCAGAAGCUUGAAGACCCUUUGCCUGAGGACAAUCUACCCAACACUUUAGACGAUCUUGACAGACAGGAGUUUAAGAAUCUGGAAGAUCGCAUUGCGAAAAAAGUGGACGCAGAUAAAAUACUUCAAAUCCAUCGUUUCUCGACAAUAGCCCCAUGAAAUUCAAAGUUUUGCGUUACUUUUCUCAUGAGAUAAUAAACAUGAUAUGGA